AUGGGGACGUUUACAUUCCGAUGGCCUUACAACGCGAACGAGGUGUUCGUCACGGGCACUUUCGAUGAUUGGGGUAAGACGGUGAGACUUGACCGGGUGGACGACGGCUUUGCGAAGACAGUGUCUCUCCCCAUUGAGAAGGUCCAGUACAAGUUUGUUGUCGACGGCAUUUGGACUACCGAUAGCCGUGUGCGAGAGGAAAGUGACGGACACAGCAAUAUCAACAACGUGAUCCUGCCCGAAGAUAUCCAAGAAACUUCCAACAACGUCCACGCACCCGCAACCAUGUCUGGCGUCACCCCCGAUUCCACGACCGCGGCCCUCGCUGCUGAAGUUCCCAAGGAGAAGUUUAAUGGCGACCUGCCUGGUUCCUUCCCCGAGACGCCGGGACAGGAGUCCGAGCAAACCCUAUCCGUCAAUCCCAUCCCCGCGUCGGGUGGCUACGGCAAUCCCAUCAAGCUGAACCCUGGCGAGAAGGUUCCAGACCCUAGCUCGAUCCAUGGCAACACCGUUGACUCGACCGUGAAGCUUGACAAGGAGUCGUAUGAAAAGGCGGACAGUAUGCCCCUCGGCAGUGCUGGCACUCAGAGCGAUACCGUCAGCUCCAGUGCUUUCGCGGUGCCUCCCGUUUCCACGAACCUCAUUCCCGAGUCUAGUCUGCCUAUGGGCGGGCCUGCACAGCGGGCUGCCAUGACCGAUCAGCAAAAACAGUCUGCUGGUGGCCUUGCUCAGCAGGCCGCCGCCGCCGACCCAGGCUACACCAUCCAGUCGGCAGCUCCCACUUCGACCACCGCCGCUCUGGCUGCCGCUGUUCCUCUGGAAAAGAACAAGCAGCCUGCCACCGAACCGGACUACACGACGCAAUCGGCAGCUCCUACCUCGACCACUGCAGCCCUAGCUGGCGCAGUUCCUCUUGAGAAGAACGCGCAGACGAACGGCACGGAGCCCUCGGAGGAUGUUCCGAAGAUUGUGAAGGAGUCAAUCGCUGACGCCCACCGGGACCCCGAGGCGGCAGCCUACGAGGAGGCUGUCCAAGAGAAAAAGGAAGUCGAGCAAGAACUUCAGAAGAAAGUCGACGUGAACGAGUCGGCUGGUACUCCAGCUCCCACCGUUUCCGCUGCCACCCAGCCCACUGCCCCCGGGCACGCUGCUGGUCUCGCCGCUCCAGGCUUCGACUCCGCCGAUGUGUCCCCGACUUCUACCCCUCCCCCGGGUCGUUCUACGGGGCCGGCGCCAACCUCUGCCCCUACCACGAAUCCGACCGUCCCUGACACCACGAACCAGACCGCCCCUGUUGUUACCGACGGACCUGUGACUGCGACGACCGACGAAGUUAGUACCGCGAAGCCUGCCCAGCAGUCCAACAACACUGCGGGUGCCAGCGCUGCCACUACCUCAGAGGGCAGCAGCAAGGAAGACAAGAAGAAGAAGCGCCGCAGCUUUUUCGGCAAGUUGAAGGACAAGCUGAAAUAG